AACUUCACCACGUUUCCAGCUGUUGGACAGAAUCUCACAUACUGGUGUCGAUAUCCAAAUGAUUCUUUUAUAAACAAAUUCAUCUGUAAGGGAGAAGAUCCAUCUAUAUGUGAGCCUUUAUUAAGCACACAGCGCAACAAGACCAUUGGGAGGUUUUCUAUGAAGGACGACAAAAACAAGAGAAAGAUCACCAUAACAGUGAGAAAUGUAACAACAGACGACACUGGGACAUACUGGUGUGGAGCAGAAACCACUGACAAAACACGCAGCAAAAAAUUCUUCCAAAAGCUGGUGAUGACUGUAGGUCAUGAGGUCUUGUCUAAAGUGAAGGGAUGCCCAGUAGGAUGGAUUCAAUUCACCUGCAAAUAUCCAAAACCAAAUGUAACAUAUGAAAGUAUUGAUUUAGUUAAUCCCAAAGAAACCAUACGAAGUGCUCUAAAGAAUGUGUGGGAAAACAACGGCAGAGUUUUCCUGUACCAUGAUCCAAAAAAAAACCAUCUCAGGGUGGCCAUUAAUAAAACUGAACGUGAGAACUUUGGGAAGUACACCUGUAAAUUUAACCAACUACCUGACUCAUGUGACACAGUGGAACUGGACUUGGACGUUGAGACAGACGGCUGCCAGGGAAAAUUUAUUCAAACUGCGUACAGAACAGCUAAAACCACCAUCGCAUGUGAUUACACAGGAAACAAACACAAGUUCUUCUGCAAACAGAAAGGUUCAAUCUGUGAGGAUAUUUUAUCAACAAAAUCCUCUCUGAAGUCAAACGGGACAUUCACUCUCACAGAAACCAACAGUAGCUUCAGCGUGUCCAUCAGUAAUGUGUCCUCACGUGAUGCUGGUGUCUACUGGUGUGGAGUGGAAACACAUGAAGGAAGUUACAGAGCUGCUCUCAGAAAGAUAAAGCUGGAGGUUAAAGCUUCUAUUACUAACUUCACCACGUUUCCAGCUGUUGGACAGAAUCUUACAUACUGGUGUCGAUAUCCAAAUUAUACUCUGAUAAACAAAUUCAUCUGUAAGGGAGAAGAUCCAUCUAUAUGUGAGCCUUUAUUAAGCACACAGCACAACAAGACCAUUGGGAGGUUUUCUAUGAAGGAGGACAAAAACAAGAGAAAGAUCACCAUAACAGUGAGAAAUGUAACAACAGACGACACUGGGACAUACUGGUGUGGAGCAGAAACCACUGACAAAACACGCAGCAACAAAUUCUUCCACAAACUGGUGAUGACUGUCGGUGAGUGAUAUUGUUUUAUUGUGUGGAUGUAGUUGACUAUCAAUUUUAUCAGCUCUGACUAUAUUAACCUCCA